AUGGAAAACCUCGCGGAGAACGAGAUGCUCGUCGACGACUAUGAGCAGUACCCCAAUGAGAAGACUGAUGUCGUCGUUGUCUCCCGCUCUGGCUCCGACGAGCCUGAGCCCGCGCCCUCUGCUGCUGACCAGCUGGUCAUGAUCACUGGCUUGAGGGGUCACGGGGCAAUCUGCCCCCAUGCGGCGAUGAUGGCGCGAGUCCUCCCCAAGAACUCCGACCUCGAGACCAUAGAGGAGGUAUAUGAUACAUGGCAUAUCCAAAACUGGAGGAAGAUGGACAAGAAGUCGCAUGGCCCGGUCUUCAAGUGCGGCGGAUUUCCUUGGCGCAUUCUGUUCUAUCCCUACGGUAACCACUCGGAGCAUGCCUCCUUUUACCUCGAGCAUGCGUGGGAGGGUGAGCCGCCGGAGAACUGGUAUGCCUGUGUGCAGUUCGGGCUUGUGCUGUCUAAUGUGAAGGACCCCUCGAUCUAUGUCUCUCACGUUGCGACCCAUCGAUUCACCGCUGAGGAGGGCGACUGGGGCUUCACCCGGUUCUAUGAUCUCCGCAGUCUGUUCAACGAUGCGUGGGAAGGCAAGACUGUUCCGCUGGUCCAAGAUGAGGAGGCAAAUGUGUCCGUGUAUGUCCGCGUGGUCAAGGAUCCCACUGGUGUCCUCUGGCACACUUUCCAGAACUACGACUCCAAGAAGGAGACUGGUAUGGUGGGCCUUCGCAACCAGGGUGCUACUUGCUACCUCAACUCCCUUUUACAGUCGCUAUAUUUCACCAAUUCCUUCCGCAAGGCGGUAUAUGAUAUCCCCACCGAGGAGGAUGCUUCUUCCGAGAAUAGUGCUUGGACCCUCCAGAGACUCUUCUACAAUCUACAGACCAUGGAUAAGGCAGUGUCGACGACUGAGCUGACAAAAUCCUUUGGCUGGGACUCUAGGCAGGCUUUUGAGCAGCAAGAUGUUCAGGAGCUGUCGCGAAAGCUCAUGGAGCGCUUGGAGGAGAAAAUGAAGGGCACUGUUGCUGAAAGGGCCUUGCCUGAGAUGUUCGUGGGCAAAACCAAAACCUAUAUCUCUUGCAUCAAUGUUGACUACGAGUCUUCUCGCGUCGAGGACUUCUGGGAUAUCCAGCUGAAUGUUCGGGGUAACAAAACUCUGGAUGACAGCUUCCGGGACUACAUUCAGGUGGAGACCUUGGAGGGGGAGAACAAGUACGAUGCUGGCCCUCCAUACGGUCUUCAAGAUGCCAAAAAGGGCGUGAUUUUCGAGAGCUUCCCGCCUGUCUUGCACCUUCACCUCAAGCGAUUUGAGUACGACCUUAACGCUUUGACGAUGAUGAAGGUCAACGACCGCCAUGUCUUCCCGAUGGAAUUUGAUGCUGCUCCUUAUCUCUCGGAAAAUGCUGACAUGUCCGAGUCCUGGGUAUAUGAACUGCAUGGUGUGCUUGUGCACAGUGGUAGCCUGGACGCCGGUCACUACUAUGCAUUCCUGAAGCCCACCAAGGAUGGGCACUGGUACCGCUUCGAUGAUGACCGAGUCAACCGUGCCACUGAAAAGGAAGUCUUGGAGGAGAACUACGGAGGAGAGUAUGAAUUUGCGAACGGGACGGCCGGUGUUCGUCAGCCCUAUACGCAGAAGUACUCUACCAAGCGUUCGAUGAACGCCUACAUGUUGGUUUAUAUUCGGAAGUCCCGUUCGGCCAAUGUUCUCCCCCCAUCACCAAGGACGAUGUGCCUUCUCAUAUUGCGCAUCGCCGAAGACCGCGCAGAGAUGUUGCGAAAGCAGAAGGAGAGAGAUGAAGCUCAUCUGUAUAUGAACAUUGGUGUCCUGACGGAGGAGACAUUCCAAUCUCACCACAGCUUUGAUCUGACCAGCGCGGAUCUCCCCGCUGAUGACCCUGCUCUCCCCGCACAAUACCGUGUUCGUCGGUCCAAGAAGGUCAGAGAGUUUGCCGAGGAGAUUGCCGAAGAGCGUGGUCUCGACGUGAACUCCAUUCGUUUCUGGGUCAUGGUCAGCCGCCAGAACAAGACCACACGGCCUGACCAAGUCAUUAAGGAUACCGAAAUGACAGUCGAGGACGCUUGCGCCAAAUUUGGCACUCGAGGCAACCUCUUCCGACUUUGGAUGGAGGUGGCUCCUGCGGGUUCCGAGGCGUGGUCCGACAGUGACUCCGUUCUAGUUUUCCUGAAGAACUUCGACGUGACAACGCAAACUUUGUCCGGUGUCGGACCCGUUUAUGUUCGCAAGAACCAGAAGGUGCAAGAACUGGCGCCUAUCAUCCUCUCGAAGAUGAACUGGCCUGCCGGGACAGAUUUCAUGCUUUUCGAGGAGAUCAAGCACAACAUGAUUGAUGCGAUGAAACCAAAGCAGACCUUCCAGCAGUCAGAGAUCCAGGAUGGCGACAUCAUUACCUUCCAGCGGACUAUCAAGGAUUCAGAGCUCCCGCCCACCGCGCUUUACACCGAUGCCAAACAAUUCUACGACCACCUUCUCAACCGCAUGGACGUCACCUUUGCCCCUAUCAAGGCCGGCGAUGGUGACGAGUUCACUCUCACGCUCAGCCGUAAGAUGGUCUAUGAUCAGUUCUCGAAGAAGGUGGCGGAGCAUUUGAAUGUGGAGCCUACUCACCUUCGAUUCGCCCCUGUAAUGGCCAGCACCGGUAAGGCCAAGGCAUUCCUGAAGCGGUCUACCACUUCCACUCUUGCUCAAAUUCUCAAUGGCCAAUACGGUGCUUAUGGAUAUACCAUGCAUCGGUCCGAUGCCCUAUACUAUGAGGUUCUGGAUAUGAGUUUGAGUGACUACGAGAGUAAGAAGUGCUUCAAGGUGACACUGCUGUCAGAAGGCAUCACGAAAGAAGAAGUGGUCGAGGUCCUGGUUGCCCGCAACGGAACUGUCGCUGAGCUUCUUUCGGCUUUGCAAAGGAAGGCCAAUCUCGAUGAGAAGACCCUUCAAGAGGUGAAGAUAUUCGAGGCGCACAGCGGAAAGCUCUACAAGGAGCUUCGGGAUGAUACCAAUGUGUCUGCCAUCAACGAAUACUCUACGCUUUAUGCCGAGCGGGUGCCCGCCGAGGAGCUCAACAUGGAAGACGAUGACCGAUUGGUCGGUGCUUUUAACUUUGAUCGGGAGCCCAAUCGUACUCAUGGCGUGCCGUUCAAGUUUGUUGUGAAGCCGGGUGAAAUUUUCAAGGAGACUAAGGAGCGACUCUCCAAGAGGACUGGUAUCAAGGGCAAGCCAUUCGAGAAGAUAAAGUUUGCCGUGGUCCCUCGGGCCUCCUUCUCGACCCCUAAGUAUCUGGAAGAUGAUGAUAUUCUCUCUGAUGUGAUCGGCCCUGACGACUACCUUGGUCUUGACCACCCCGACCCUGCGAUUUCCCGUCAAUCAUCAAACCCCUCCCCAGGCACAAUGCGGUUCGCUCUCCUCGCUGGCCUGGCCUCCUUGGUCUCCUCCGCCAGUGCAACUGCCCUGACAUACAGGCUCGAGGCCAACGAGAAGGCAUGCUUCUACACCAACGUGGAGCAGGCCAAUGCAAAGGUGGCUUUCUACUUUGCGGUCCAAUCCGGUGGCUCCUUCGAUGUUGAUUUCGCUGUCACUGCACCCGGCGGCAAGGUCGUGAUGGAUGGAACAAAGGAAAGACAGGGCGACUUUGUCUUCACGGCGCAGAGUAUUGGCGAGUACCAGUUCUGCUUCAACAACGAGAUGUCCACGUUCGCCGAGAAGAUGGUUGAUUUCGAGAUUGCCGUCGAGAACGAGCAGCGCGCCCAGCUCCCCUCCCGCCAGGGCGCCAGCCCCGAGCAAACCACCAACCUCGAGGAAUCUAUCUUCAAGUUGUCUGCGCAGCUGUCGACAAUCUCCCGCAACCAGAAGUACUUCCGCACCCGUGAGAACCGCAACUUCAGUACUGUCCGCAGCACCGAGCGCCGCAUUUUCAACUUCAGCGUGAUUGAGAGCUUGAUGAUGGUGUCGAUGGCCGCUUUGCAGGUCUUCGUGGUGCGCUUCUUCUUCCAGGGCGCACGGAAGGGUUACGUGUGA